CCACGAGAGCGCGCAAAAACAAACACACACACACACACACACGUAGUCCGGCGGUGCGUGGGUUGGGCGGGGAGAGUGGCGGCGGCGGACAGAGUCACCGGAUUGGUAGAGUUCAGCGCCAAACUGACUCAUAACCAGGCGCGCGCUCUCUCCCAUCUCUUCGCGGCGCGGAGCUGUCCAUAAUCCAGUGGUGCUGAAACUCGCGAGCGCCAUCUAAGACUCACCCCCCCACCCCCCAUCACGGUUUGAUCGCACCCAUCGAGCCGCUUUCUCGUCGUCUUCUUGUUUUUAUCUGUGAAAGUUACACGCGCUUCUGUUUUAGCGUCACUUGGCGGAUUUUCAUCCGCGGUCCGCUCUACCCGCGGAGCGCAUCGCCUUCAACUUCUCGGCCGAUCCCACCCCAAAAGAAUUAAGUAGAAUCUCCGAGGGGCGCAACCAUGGCUUUCAUGGUGAAACACGUGGUGGGGGGGCAGCUGAAGAACCUGACGGGCGGACUGACGGAGGAGAAACCCGAAGCGGAGAAGACGGACGCCGCCGCAAAGGGGAUGACUCAAGAGGAAUUCGAACAGUACCAGCAACAGUUAGAGGAGGAGAAACAAGAACGAGAAGCAGAUUUUGCCCAGAAGAAAGCGGAGAGAGCUACCGUUAGAAGCCACUUCCGGGACAAGUACAGACUACCAAAGAACGAGCUGGACGAGACCCAGAUCCAGCAGGCGGGGGACGACGUGGUGCUGCCCACGGAGCUGGCCAAGAUGAUCGCUGAGGACAACCAGGAGGAGACGCACAAGCAGUCGGUGCUGGGCCAGCUCACCAACAUCCAGAACGUGGACAUGGACCAGCUGAAGGACAAAGCCCAGGCAACGCUGGAAGACCUCAAAAAGCAGACGGAGAACUGCAGCCUCAUGUGAUGCGUCCCGACUCUCAAAUCCCAGCCGGAUUAGAGUUUUAGUUGGGCAAAUAUUUUUCAAAGGCAGAGCUGCUCUGGAGGUGGACGCGUCCUUAUUGCUUUAAGGGGAGUGUCAGUCGGCAGAGCCACAUAAUAACAGUGUUUUAUAGACGGAGGCCCUGGAGAAGAGGAAGGGGUUUGUCUCCUGUUGACCUUCACACAUCCUCAAAGAAACCAAUGUCAUCUGAAUUCUUCUCAAAAUUAGCCCACACACACUUUUAGAGAUUUAUUUGGCUCUUCCCGUUGACAUUUAACCGACGAGAUUAAUUCUGCCUUUUCGAGCAACUCCUCCUCUGAGAAAUAUGAAUCCAUUAAAUCCUUUGCUCCCAUCAUUCCCUAACCUUCCCCUCGCUCUUCGUACGUCACGGGGCCGGUGAUCACACAUUGGGAUUCUGCAGCAGAGUUUUCAGGUGUGUGUGUGUGUGUGACGCACACUCGCGUGAGGAGGCCAUAUAUGUGUUGUGUUGAAUUGAAUUUGGGGUAAAGUCAUUUAGGAGCAUAAAGUGAGGCUGUUUUUUGUCACAAGUAGCUUACUGAUGUUGGCCCCCUGGGGCCCCCGAUUAAAGCCCCCUGCGAGCUGAAUUAAUCGUAAUAGUAAUAUUUUCUGAGCCAUAGAGUAUGCUUAAUUUAAGCUUUUUUUUUUACUUUAGCGUGUCUUGGACGUUGGUGCAAUUUUCUCCGACAUCUAUAAGCUACUUUUUUUACGAGAACGGCCUUCUGAUUUAUUUGCAGUUGAUUUUUCUUACUUUUAUGAAGAGCAGGAAAUAAUUAAUGAGCAAUCAGGAACUGUGUGCUGCAUUUUGGAUGUUGUAUUUGAAUUCGCAGUUACAAUACUGAAUUUAGAAUCAGCUACAAAGGGAGUAUAUCUGUGUUUGUGCUUCAUCCAAAAGUUAAAGGAACAGUUCGCCUAAAAUUCAAAAUCACAUAUUUAGUAUGUUUUUGCCACCUCGAGCGCCACAGGCCAUGGCAGUCAAAGUGUGCAUUUUUGAUAUUCGGGUGAACUGUCCUUUUAAAAAAAAAAGAGGGGAGGGGGGGGGGGAUAAGCUGUUUAGAUGUGUAAAGCUUUAGAAGUCGUAUGCCAAAGCCUGCUUUGAAAAUACUUUGACUAACAUGAAAGAAAAUGGCCCCUAAUAUGUCAAACGUGUGUAACUGUGGCGUGAGUAUAAAUCCACAUACAAGUAUCCAUGUAGUGUGAGACGUAAAAGGUAUCCGCUCUGCGCCGUGUUGACCUUUUGACCCCAUUCCCCCGUCCGUGUCCCAGUGGUGCCGUAUUGUGUGCUGGUGGAUUCGUGUUGUUUAGCCAAUGUGACGCGUCCAGUGGUGUCUUCUGUAACUCGGUAUUCUGUCUUUGUUGGUUUCUAGCCAAACGUGAGCCAAUCAAAGAGGGGGGGGGGGGGGGGGGGUGUUGAUGUUGUGCUACAGCCACGUAAGCUACAUUUUUGACCGUGUUUGAUUUUUAAUGUAGCCGUGGUGACGGUGGCAAUGCCAGCUUCGAUGUAGGUUGUACGAAUUUUGCAUCUUAAGAGGGAUAUUUUUAAUUUAAAGGAAUUAUGGGAAACAAAAGAUUGUUUCCCUGCUGCCGGCGCUACACUUCUGCUGAGGCCCAUCAUUUCAGCACCGCGGUGAGACAUAAACAAUAUAUUCGUAACAUUUCAAUAAAAUAGGGCGGUGGAAUAAUUGCAAUAACUUCCUUUUAUAAUCGAGCUACUAGAAUCGUGAGACUAAUAUCGAUAGGUGGAACAGAAGCCAUAGAGAAAACAGUUUUGCUUUGUGUGUGUGUGUGUGACUUGAAAUAAUAAUUCAAUAAUAAUAAUAAUUAUAUACAAAUGUUAUUUUCUGUGUGUUGUCAUCCUGUGGAAAUGUUAUUUCUUUUCAGGAAAUGUCUGCCACGACACGCAGUUUCCUCUCGUUGUUUCAUUCUGUCCCUGAAAGCAUUUCAGUCGUUUGCUUUUGGUUUAACUGCAAUAAACCGAUUUUUGGAAUUAUGA